GUGGACGUUCUGCGGAGAUCCGAUCCGAUCCGAUCCGCGUCCGCAUCCCCGUCCGGCUGAGGAGUUUGGAGUAGAAUGGCUUCUUUGGACAGUGAUUUCCAAGAUGCCAUCGAUGUCAUCCAGCGAGAUGCCAACCAACUCUACGACACGGGUCUGAAGUACUAUGAGACCCUGGAGUGUCAUCCCUCAUUAGGCCGCCAGGGGGCGAUAAGCUACAGCUACACUCCUCUGGCCACCUCCCCCAUCACACAGGGAGAGUGGAGCGAGCAGCAGCAGCAGUCGUGGCCCCACAUCGUACCUGAGCUCUCUCUGCCUCCAGUGCACACAGAUCACGCCCCUUUCUACCCCGUCAUGCAGCUGUCACGCAGUAGGAAAGGCCGUAAGAAGCUGCGGCUGUUUGAGUAUCUGCACGAGGCGCUUCACGACUCCAGCAUGGUGGAUUCCAUCCAGUGGACGGACCGCGGUUCCGGAACGUUCCACUUCGUGUCCAAGAACAAAGAGAAGCUGGCGGAAUGCUGGGGGCGCCGCAAAGGCAACCGCAAGACCAUGACUUACCAGAAGAUGGCGAGAGCGCUACGCAACUACUCACGCACAGGCGAGAUACUCAAGGUAUAG